AUGCAAAAUUAUUCUGAUGAUUUUUUAGAAGAUGAUCAAAAUAUCAAUGACCAGUAUUUUCAACCAGAAAGUGAUUAUUUCAGUACAGUAAUCGGAACAUCAGAUAGUAGAGAAAGUAAUGAUAAACAACAACAACAACAAGUACAGGAAGAAGAGAAAUCACAACUAAUAGAUUCAAUUUAUUCAACUUCUACAACAACUUUGCAACCAUCGUCCACUCAACCACCGCAGUUGAAUUCACAAAUUCAACUAGGAGAUUCUUCACAUCGUCAAACAUCAUCUUCUUCAAUCUCAUCCUUAAUCUCAUCUUCGUCUAAGCAAAGUAAAAAACCAAGUAUAUCAUCUGAUUUGUUACACGCGACAAAUGAAGAGUAUUAUCAAGAUCAAUUUAUGUAG